GCCACAUGGAGUCCACUAAUUGGCUUCAACCAGCAUAAGUACUGUUGGUAUAUUCAUAACUAGUCUGUGGUCUAGAAGUCUAGAAUGCAGCAACAUGAUGUCAAAGAUAAGUCCGACAUGAUAGAGUGAAAAAAGUGUUUCCUCCCAAGAUUUUGGCUCCUUCAGUUUCAAAUAAACCAACUAUAGUUUGCUUGGUCGCUCACUAACUCCCUAGCUAGCGUGAGUCUCGAGUCCCUGCAGCAAGAAAUUUGAGCAACAUGUAAACGGAAUAGUUGGAGUGUAAUUUUGACUAAUAAUGUUAAAACAAGAACUUCAAGUUUUCUACACUCUAACUACGAAAAUCUAUUAACAUUCAACCCUAUAUUGGAAAUUAAUUCAUCACAGUAGGGUCUGUAACUAAUUAAUCACUAUACACGAGGGAAAAAAUAUUGUGCUUUGUUUUCUGCAUGAAAGAUUAUGUGUUCAUAUUUUCGGAACAGAUUCAAUGGAUUUAGAUUAUUUAUUUGAAAAAUAAAGAAAAUGUGAUUUGGUUCUCAUAGGCCUGUCCGAUAUAUCAAGAUUGUGGCUCGGCGCUUGCUCUAUUGUUUAUACUCAGGAGCAGCUGUUAGGUUUGAGCACCCCUUCACUAUGCAGAGCGAUCCAAAAUCCCCACGGCGAUACGGAGGAGGAGUGGGGCUGCUUAGCGGAAGUGAACAGCGAAAAAGACACAAUAAAGGUUGCAGUAUAAAGACAGUAUCAACCAUGUUUACUGUCUGUCAUCAUAGGGAAAGUGAGAUGAAAGCGCUAACAGUAUUAACUUGGCUGAAGAAAGUGCAGCCCGAUUACACUGAAGAUUAAAUGUUUUCUAUAUUUACUUAAAAAUGAGAAUAUACUAUUUAUUUCAGUGGCUAUUUUUCUAAAAGAUUGUUUACAUUUUAAUAAAAACGUGCACACAUUUGGCUUCGACUUUUGUGCAGAUUGAGUGUGUGGGAAAAAAAAUAUCGGGAUAUAAGCUUUGGUCCAUAUUGCCCAGCUGUAGGUUCUCACAUGUUUUCAUCUUAAUUUUUUGAAUGGUUAAUGACUAAAUAUGUGGUUCCACUUUGAAUGCUUUUCACUGAACACCAGUGAUGUCAAUGAAUUAACAUGCAGUACGUUUUCAAAUAGCUAUAGAUUCAGAUUCAUCAUCAGUGACAGCCCUUUUUGACUACUCCACAACUAUACCGCCCAGAGCAGUGUGUAAAAACCAUGGCACGCAUUUUCUCCUGUGUAAAUUCCGAUCGUGCAUGUCUGCAUUAAAGUUCACAUGUGCAUAAUACACAGAGAUUUGUGUACAUGUAAGUUUUCACACGAUUAUGAGUGUUUAUGAUGUGAAGAAUAUGUUUGGCUUGGAGCAGAUGAAGCAGAAAAUUAAAUGCAGUAGAUGCAUAAUAAGGCAUGUGUGCAUGUAUGUAAGAUGAGCACGUGUGACUUGCUCUGUGGAAUAUCAAGAGGCUGACAGUACAUUGGCAGGGCUAAAUGCCUCUGCAUGCAUGCUUUAAAGGGAAGCAGAGGAUGUUAAAAAAAAAGCGGGUUGUGGGGUGAGACGGCAAAGACGAGGGAGAGAAACGUUGAGAAACAAGGAUGAUACACCAUGAUGCAUACAGGCAAAGGUGUUGGGAGAAAAGGAGUAAAAGAGGAGCAAAGACAGAGUGGAGCAGCAGAGUAGAGUGAAGCGGAGAAGCACAAGGGGCAGACAAUCCUGGAAUACCAAACGCUUUUCUGGCUGAGUGAGGGAAAGAGAGAGAGAGAGAGAGAGAGAGAGAGAGAGAACGAAAGACGAGGAGGGUUUGCAGUGAAAAAUAGAGGGCAGACAUAGAAUACCAAAGAGAAUAAACACUAUGAAGCUUUUUAAGUCUUUUUAGAAUUACAUCCAAAGUAGUUUAAAAUAGAAACACAUAUUUUUGUCAGUUUAGUCAGAUACUGAUGACAAUACAGCAAAAUAAUAUAGAGAGCCACACAGAUGUGAGAGGGUAUUAAAAUAGAAAAUAUAUAUUUUUUCAAACUUUUGACCUGUAAAUGGCAAGAAAACUGUCCUUUAAAAACUGUCCUUGUUCUAAAUUCAGAUUGACUAUGCAAGGUCAACUUGUAUCAGAAUGAUAGGAAGAGAAAACUUUGGAGAAGAAACGGAAGGGCUAAUGAUCCAAAGCAUAUCACAUCAUGGCUGGAAAAUGCUAUGGGCAUAAUUUAUUUUCGCUUUGCUUAAUCAGGUUGCUAUGGAAGAAGUCUGUCAUUUAUUUAGCAAGACCUACAGACUAAUAAUAUACACUAGCAAAUUUAUUUUUCCACAGAUUUAUGGCAAAGUAUGUUCUUCUUCGUAUUAUUGUAUGACAUAUGCAGAUAUUGAUAAAUCCACCUGGGCAGCAUCUAAGAGAGCAGUCUUGCACAAUAUGAAGCCCAGUCUGAUCAGGAACAUUACAAUCACAUUCUGGGUUGUCUCUCAUCUUCCACUGGUGGAUACGAUGGGCUCUCCUGGCAAGGGUUGUGUGGAUCCUAUUAAGGGAUAACCACUGCUUCUGUGGAAGGUCAAAGCGAGGUGGUUUUGAUGUUGGGUUUUCAAUCAGAUCUUGGUUAAGAAAUUCAGUCUCUUCCCAUACUCUCUGCCACUUUUUGAGACUUGGUUUGUUGGUUUCAGAAUGGUGAUUACCUUGGUCUUUCUCCAGAUUUUUGGAGUAACCCAAAUGCAUUGGAUGGCUGCGAAGAGAGAAUCAACCCAGGCAUGAGCAUUGUGGUCAAGGUUCUUCAGGAACUCAGGAUGGAUACCAUCAACCCCUGCUGCUUUGUCUGCUUUGGUGGAUGAAAUUAAUCUAGCUCACUCCUGGUGUAGAGUCUGGCAAAUGGGGUACUCUUCCAUGAGGACAUGUUGGUUGCUGAAAGAUGCGUGUGAAAUUCCUGGCUUGCGUCCUUGUCCUGCCCAGCCAUACAUGUGGCACCCCCGGACUCAUCCCAAACGGAGUCAUUCAUGGUGCACGGUACAACAUCGGGGACAAAAUCCGCUACAGCUGCGAGUCGGGUUUCGUCUUGGAGGGACAUAAUAUCCUCACAUGUAUUGUAUCAGCAGGCAGUGGGGCACAGUGGGACUUCCCUUCACCUUUUUGUCGAGCGGAGGGGGCAUGCGGCGGCACAUUACGGGGCACCGCGGGUUCGAUAGCCAGCCCCGGAUACCCUGCAGAGUAUGAUAACAAUCUGGAUUGCACGUGGUCAAUCCUCGCUGAACCCGGAGACACAAUAGCGCUUGUCUUUCAUGACUUCUUUUUGGAAGACAAGUAUGACUUCCUGGAAAUCAGUGGGACGGAGGCGCCCAGUAUAUGGCUAACUGGUACAACCCUGCCCUCCCCAGUUAUAUCAAGUAAAAACUGGCUAAGGAUACACUUUACCUCAGACAGCAACCAUCGAAGGAAAGGAUUCAGUGCUCAGUACCAAGUGAAGAAAGCGAUAGAGUUGAAGUCCAGAGGCGUGAAGAUGAUGCCUAGUAAAGACUCCAGCCACAAAAAUGCAGUCUUAAGUCAAAGCGGCCUAGCAGGAGAUGCAUGUCCAGAUCCUGGAAUUCCAGAAAAUGGCAAGAGAAUGGGAUCCGCCUUCCAAGUCGGCUCCAGUGUCCAAUUCAGUUGUGAUGACAGCUACGUUCUUCAAGGAUCCAAAAGUAUCACCUGUCAAAGAGUGACGGACACACUCGCUGCCUGGAGUGACCACAGACCCAUCUGCAGAACACGUACCUGUGGGAGCAACCUGCGGGGCCCCAGAGGGAUCAUAACGUCUCCUAAUUAUCCUGUCCAAUAUGAAAACAAUGCUCACUGUGUUUGGGUCAUCACUGCAUUGGACUCUGCAAAGGUCAUAAAGCUGUCAUUUGAAGAGUUUGACCUGGAACGAGGCUACGAUACACUAACCGUGGGGGACGGAGGGAAGAUAGGAGACACUCGACGGGUACUUUACGUACUCACUGGCUCCAGUGUACCUGACAUCAUCGUGAGCUUGUCCAAUCAGAUGUGGCUUCAUCUGCAGUCAGAUGACACAAUCGGCUCUGCAGGGUUCAAGGCAGUAUACGACGAGAUUGAAAAGGGUGGCUGCGGCGAUCCCGGAGUGCCGGUGUUCGGUCGCCGUAGCGGCGAUGGCUUCCAGCACGGGGAUGUGCUGACCUUCUUUUGCCAGUCUGCGUUUGAAUUGGUCGGCGAGAGGAGCAUCACGUGCCAGCAUAAUAACCAGUGGUCUGGUAAUAAACCCAGCUGUGUCUUCUCAUGUUUCUUCAACUUCACGGCCCCGUCUGGAACCGUGCUAUCCCCAAACUAUCCCGAGGAAUACGGCAACAACCUCAACUGCGUGUGGUUGAUUAUUUCGGAACCAGGGAGCCGCAUCCAUCUGCUCUUCUCAGACUUUGACCUGGAGCCUCAGUUUGACUGGUUGGUGGUCAAAGACGAAGGUGUAUCCGAGCCAACAACAUUUGGGACAUUCUCUGGAAAGGAUGUUCCAUCCCAAAUCGCUUCAAACGGACACAUAAUGAGACUGGAAUUUCAGUCGGAUCACUCCAACACCGGCAAAGGCUUCAAUAUCAGCUAUACAACAUUUGGCCAGAAUGAGUGUCACGAUCCAGGCGUCCCUGUCAAUGGUCAAAGAUAUGGCGACCAAUUUCAGCUUGGCAGCUCCGUGGCUUUCCGUUGUGACCAAGGAUUCAUUAGAACACAGGGGUCAGACCAGGUCACCUGCAUCAUUCAGGAUGGAAAUGUUGUUUGGUCUGCGGCAGUACCACGCUGUGAAGCGCCAUGUGGGGGCCAUCUUACUGCUCCGGCUGGAGUUCUUCUGUCUCCUGGAUGGCCUUCCUUCUAUAAAGAUUCUCUCAACUGCCAGUGGGUGAUAGAAGCCCUGCCUGAUCACGCUGUGAAGAUACACUUUGACAGGUUCCAGACUGAAGUCAACUAUGAUACACUAGAAAUCAGGGAUGGCCCCUCAUCCUCCUCCCCCCUGAUUGGGGAAUACCACGGCACCCAGGCACCUCAUUUCCUGAUUUCUACAUCCAACUUCCUGUUCCUGUUGUUCACCACUGACAACAGUCGCUCAGCAACAGGCUUCAGCAUCAGAUACGAGAGUGUGAAAAUGGAGUCUGACUCUUGUCUUGACCCUGGUAUACCGGUCAAUGGACGUCGCCAUGGCAGCAGCUUCUCCAUCGGCUCUCGCGUCUCGUUUACAUGCGACCUAGGAUAUACGCUGAGUGAUCAGGAGCCCAUUGUUUGUGAGCAAAAUCAUCAGUGGAGUCACGCUCUUCCCAGCUGUGAUGCGCUGUGUGGAGGAUAUGUCUAUGGAAAAAUGGGCACCAUUCUUUCACCGGGAUUUCCUGACUUCUAUCCCAAUUCUUUGAACUGCACCUGGACCAUAGAGGUAUCUCAUGGUAAAGGAGUCCACCUUGUCUUCCAUACUUUCCAUUUGGAGGAGAACCACGACUACCUGUCCAUCACGGAGGACGGCAAUUUCCUGGUUCCAGUAGCUCGACUAACUGGCUCAGUGCUGCCCCCGAGCGUUAAAGCGGGGCUCUUCGGGAAUUUCAGUGCCCAGCUGCGAUUCAUAUCCGAUUUUUCCAUGAGUUAUGAAGGAUUUAAUAUUACGUUUUCAGAAUACGACUUGGAGCCUUGUGAGGAUCCAGGAGUACCAGCGUUCAGCAGACGAACGGGAUUCAGAUUUGAAGUCGGUGACUCGCUGGCCUUCUCUUGUUUUCACGGUUACCGACUCGAGGGAGACAGCAAGAUCACCUGCCUCGGUGGAGGCAGGCGAGUGUGGAGCAACACACUGCCUAGAUGUAUAGCUGAGUGUGGAGCCACCUCUUUGGGACCAGAAGGUGUUCUUGUCUCUCCAAACUUUCCAUCCAACUACGACAAUAACCACGAGUGCAUCUAUCGCAUCACGACGGAGAAGGGACAAGGAAUCAGGCUGAAAGCCGAGAGCUUCUCUCUGCAAGAUGGAGACUAUCUCAGGGUGUAUGAUGGAGAGAACAGUUCAUCUCGUCUCCUUGGCAACUUCACCUCUGAAGUCAUGAUGGGUCACGUCCUCAAUAGUACCUCCAAUCACUUGUGGCUGGAGUUCAACAGCAACGCCUCAGGAACCACUCAAGGCUUUCACCUUACAUACACAAGUUUUGACCUGGUUCGGUGUGAGGAACCUGGUGUCCCCAGUUAUGGCUACAAAAUCCAGGAUGACGGCCAUUACGCCAACACUUUUGUCCUUUACUCUUGCAACCCUGGCUACAGUCUCCAUGGCAGCAGUACACUGACCUGUCUUAGUGGGGACAGACGUGUUUGGGACAAACCAGUUCCAUCCUGUAUUGCUGAAUGUGGAGGUCACAUAACUGGAGCAGUGUCUGGACGGAUUUUGUCCCCGGGAUACCCUGCCCCAUAUGACAACAACCUGCACUGCACCUGGACUAUAGAGGCUGAUACUGGCAAGACUAUCAGUCUCCACUUCAUCGUUUUCGACACUGAGAUUGGCCAUGAUACCCUGAGAGUUUGGGAUGGACCAUCUGGACCGUCGGAUGGAGGGAUCCUUUUGAAAGAGUGGUCGGGUCCAGCUUUGCCUGAAGAUAUCCACUCGACUUUCAACAUACUCACACUUCAAUUUGAUGCUGACUACUUCAUCAGCAAGCAGGGAUUUUCCAUCCAGUUCUCCACCACAACAGCAACAACCUGCAAUGACCCUGGCAUCCCAGUAAAUGGCUCUCGAUAUGGGGACAGUAAGGAGCCCGGUGACAGUAUGACGUUCCAGUGUGACCCUGGCUAUCACCUCCAAGGCCCUGAUACCAUCACAUGUGUCCGCAUGGAUAACAGGUUCUACUGGCAGCCUGAUCCUCCAACAUGCAUGGCAACCUGUGGAGGUAACGUCAGCAGUCCUUCUGGAGUGAUCCUGUCUCCAAACUACCCUCAGCCUUACCCUCCGGGGAAAGAGUGUGAUUGGCGAAUCCGAGUCAACCCAGACUUUGUCAUUGCGCUCAUCUUCAAAAGUUUUAAUAUGGAGCCCAGUUAUGACUUCUUGCACAUCUAUGAGGGAGAAAACUCUAAUGGGCCACUGCUGGCGAGUCUCCAAGGUAACCAGGCCCCCGAGCGCAUCGAGAGCAGUGGUAACAGUCUCUUCCUGGCAUUUCGAUCAGAUGCCUCUCUGGGAAUGUCUGGCUUUGCCAUUGAGUUCAGAGAAAAACCGAGGGAGGCCUGUUUUGAUCCUGGUAACAUUAUGAACGCUAGUCGGACCGGACAUGAUUUUAAACUGGGAUCUCAGGUGUCCUACAACUGUCACCAUGGCUACACAAUAAUGGGCGGGGAAACCAUAACCUGUGUGAUGGGGCGUGAUGGGAAGCCGGUGUGGGAUAAGGCUCUACCGUCCUGUAAAGCACCAUGCGGUGGACAAUAUGGCGGAUCUGAGGGAGUGGUCCUAUCUCCAAACUACCCUCUAAACUACACCACCAGACAAAUGUGCCCCUAUUACAUCACUGUGCCACCACAGUUUGUUGUUUUCGGUCAGUUUGCCGUCUUCCAGACUGCAAUGAACGACUCUGUGGAGCUGUUUGAUGGAGCCAAUGAGAACUCACGAUUGCUAAGCUCCCUGGCAGGAUCACAUUCAGGAGAGACGUUACCACUGGCUACUUCCAAUCAGAUAAUGCUGCGCUUCAACGCCAAGAGUGGUCAAUCAGCUAAGGGCUUUCACUUUGUCUACCAAGCUGUGCCUCGGACCAGUGACAGUCAGUGUAGCUCGGUGCCAGAGCCUCGAUACGGCAGGCGAAUUGGGUCAGAGUUCUCGGCUGGAUCGGUGGUCCGGUUCGAGUGCAGUCCAGGAUAUCUUUUGAAGGGAUCAAGCGCAAUCCGGUGCCGGGCUGUACCGGGAGCUCUGGCACAGUGGAAUGCAACAACGCCCAGCUGUAUCGUUCCCUGCAGCGGCAAUUUGACCGAACGUCGUGGCACCAUCUUGUCUCCUGGCUAUCCGGAGCCAUACCCAAACAGUCUCAACUGUCUGUGGAGAAUCCAUGUCAGCGAAGGGGCUGGGAUACAGAUCCAAGUGAUAACAUUUGCCACAGAGCACAACUGGGAUUCUCUGGAGAUCUACGAUGGAGGAGACAUGACGGCUCCUAAAUUAGGGUCAUUUUCUGGAACAACAGCUCCCGCCCUCCUUAACUCCACAUCCAAUCAGCUUCUCUUGCACUUUCAGAGUGACAUUAGUGUUGUUGCUGCAGGUUUUCACCUUGAGUAUAAAACGGUUGGCUUGACUACUUGUCCAGAGCCUAUGAUCCCAGCAAAUGGCAUUAAAACAGGAGACAGGUACAUGGUCAAUGAGGUAGUGGCCUUCACAUGUGAGCCUGGGUACGACUUACAGGGUCACUCUCAUAUUUCCUGCAUGCCUGGGACUGUGCGUCGAUGGAACUACCCGCCUCCACUUUGCAUUGCUCGUUGUGGCAAGGUGUUGUCAGAGGUCACUGGAGUCAUCCUGAGUCCGGGUUUCCCUGGCAACUAUCCAGGCAACCUGGACUGCACCUGGCAAAUCAUCUUGCCGACGGGAUAUGGAGCGCAUAUCCAGUUCCAGAACUUUUCAUCUGAGGACAACCAUGACUUUCUGGAAGUGCGGGCAGGACCCCAGCACAGCUCGGCUCUUAUUGGACAGUUCACUGGGUCACAGCUCCCACCCCCUCUGCUCAGUACCACUCACCAGACCAUCAUUCACUUCUACAGCGACCAUUCAGAGAACAGACUGGGGUUCAAGCUCACUUAUCAAGCUUAUCAACUUCAGAACUGCCAGGAUCCUUCGCCUUUCGCCAAUGGUGACAUCAUCAACAGUGACUACACCGCUGGACAGUCAAUAACAUUCCAGUGUUACCCUGGAUAUGUUUUAAUUGGACAUCCAGUCCUGACAUGUCUGCAUGGCACAAACCGCAAGUGGAACCACCCAUUUCCGCGCUGCGAAGCUCCGUGUGGCUACAAUGUGACGGCUGAAAAUGGGACCAUUUAUUCACCACAGUAUCCCACUGAAUACCCCAAUUCCCAAGAUUGUAGCUGGCUCAUCACCGUUCCCCACGGACACGGCGUUUACAUCAACUUCACCUUGUUGCAGACAGAGCCCGUCACUGAUUACAUCGCUGUCUGGGACGGUCCAGAUGCGUCCAGUCCUCAGCUGGGAGUAUUCAGCGGCAACACAGCUUUAGAAUCGGCCUACAGUUCCAGCUCCAAGGUUCUGAUUCGCUUUCACUCUGACUUUUCCACUGGUGGAUUCUUCAUACUCAACUUUCAUGCCUAUCGUCUGAAGAAAUGCCCUGCUCCACCUGUAGUGAACAACACAGACAUAAUCUAUGAGGACGAAGACUUCCUAAUAGGUGAUAUUGUGACUUAUCGAUGUCUUCCUGGUUAUACGUUGGUCGGAAAGGCGGAGCUCAUGUGUACACUCAACUCCCAUUUACUCUUUGAGGCCCCGCCCCCAACUUGUCAAGCCCAGUGCCCUGCCAAUGAGGAGCGAUCUUCAUCAUCAGGUGUCAUACUCAGUCCCAUGUUUCCUAGCAACUACCCCAACAGCCAAACUUGCUCCUGGCUACUGCGAAUGCUUCCAGGUUACGUCAUCAACAUCUAUGUUGAAAUGUUUCACAGUGAGAAACAGUUUGACGAGCUGGAAAUUUUUGACGGAUCUUCAGGACAGAGCCCUUUGCUUGUGGCUCUCAGUGGCAACCACUCGUCUCAGCUCAACUUCACCUCCAAAACCAAUCAGCUUUACCUACGCUGGUCCACUGACCACGCAACCAACAAAAAGGGAUUCAAGAUAAGAUACUCAGCUGCGUACUGUAGUAUUAAUGAUCUCCCAGUGAAUGGGGGCGUGACCAACCGAACCAAACUCCGCCUAGGUAGCCGACUUCAGUUCUACUGUACCCAAGGUUACCGUCUGGUGGGCUCUAUGAAUUCCACUUGUAGACUCCACCCCAAUGGGCUUUACCAGUGGGAUACACCUCCACCAUUCUGCCAAGCCAUCUCCUGUGGGAUCCCUCAGUCGCCAGGCAAUGGCAGCUUCCAUGCCUACCAGUAUACUGUGGGCAGUCAAGUGACCUACACUUGUAACCAUGGUUACCACCUUGACCCCAGUCUUCCAGUGACAGCUGCAUGCAUGGAGGAUGGCAGUUGGAGUAAUGUUGCCUCCCCUACUAGAUGCCUCCCCAUCCACUGUACGAGCAUUGAGGGCACCUUGUCAGAUCACAUGACCUACCGUCUUCUGUCUGGUAUGCUGGGAGAAUUCGGUUCUGUGGUCAUGCUGGAAUGCAUCGCAGGAUACUCUUUCGGGGCGGGACAUCGGACACUGCGCUGUCUUGCCAACGGGACUUGGGAGGGGUCUGAUAGCCCAGCCACAUGCAAGAUUUUGUCCUGUGGAGAUCUUCCUUCUCCACCUUUUGGCACCAAACUGGGCACACUGACUACAUUCGGAGCUACUGCCAUCUUUAUGUGUAACCAUGGUUACACAUUGGUGGGGUCACAUGUCAGAGAAUGUGGAGCUAACGGGCUAUGGAGUGGUUCCGAGACCAGAUGUCUUGCUGGCCACUGCGACUCUCCAGAUCCUAUUGUCAAUGGGCACAUUAGUGGCGAUGGUUCUAGUUACCGCGACACAGUGGUGUAUCAGUGCAUGCUGGGAUAUCGUCUGAUUGGCACAUCAGUCAGAAUCUGCCAACAAGACCAUCGGUGGUCUGGAGCAACACCUGUUUGUGUUCCCAUCACUUGCGGUCACCCGGGCAACCCAACCAAUGGACGGACGAACGGCAGCGAAUUUAACCUCAACGAUGUCGUCAACUUCACGUGCAAUAAAGGUUACCUCCUGAGUGGAAAUGCACGUGCUCAGUGUCGACUCAACGGCCAGUGGAGCAGCCCCCUACCAGUCUGCAAAGUGGUAAACUGUUCUGACCCCGGGCAUGUGGAGAAUGGUGUUCGUCAGUCGGGGCUACGUUAUCCAGAAGUCUUCAGCUACGGCGUAACAGUGGCCAUCCACUGUAAACGAGGCUUCUACUUGCUGGGCUCUGCGGUCCUCACGUGCCAACAUGAUGGACGCUGGGACAGACCCACCCCUCGAUGCUUGGCCAUUUCCUGUGGUGACCCUGGUUUGCCACCAAGCGUGGUCUUGUCUGGGACGCACAGCUGGACGUACGGUUCUGUGCUGCAAUACUCAUGUUUGCCAGGAGGUGUGCUGGUGGGCAAUGCUACACGUCACUGUCAAGAGGACGGCACUUGGAGUGGGGCGCCGCCCUACUGCACGGGUUUGAGUCCAGGGAUGUGUGGAGACAUGGGGGUCCCUCCCCACGGUAACCGUUUAGGAGGAGAGGAGUUUAAAACCAAGAGCCUGCUGCGUUUUAGCUGCGAGGCGGGAUACAAUCUGAUUGGCUCCGCUGAGAGGACGUGCCUCCACAAUGGCACCUGGAGUGGAACGCAGCCCGUUUGUCAAGCUGUAUCUUGUGGCAACCCCGGCACCCCGGCCCAUGGUAGGAUCGUCUUCAAUGAUGGCAUCACUUUUGGUAGCUCGGUGGCUUACGCAUGCUGGGAAGGGUUCAAAACAUCGGGCCUGACCACCAGACACUGCACAACAAAUGGGACAUGGACAGGACAACCUCCAGACUGCACUGUGAUCAGUUGUGGAGACCCGGGGCCAAUAGCCAACGGUGUCUAUUUGGGACGCGAGUUCACCUUUAACCACACGGUGGCCUACCGUUGUAACCCGGGUCACCUGAUGGAGCCACCUGGAAUGGGACACAGUGUUUUACGGUGCACUAAAGACGGGACGUGGAACCAAACCAAACCCAGCUGUAAAGUGAUCCAGUGUGGACCACCUCCUCAUGUGCAACAUGGAGAAGUGCAAGGAACAGACCAUUCUUGGGGAUCAGGUGUUAGCUACACUUGUUUCCAUGGUUACCAAUUGUCACUACCAACUGUGUUGACCUGUGAGGGGAAUGGAACGUGGACAGGAGAUGUCCCGCAGUGUCUGCCGGCUCUGUGUGGUGAUCCAGGCUUUCCUGGAGGAGGAUUCAGAGAAGGGAGCAUCUUUACUUAUCGGUCAGAGGUCAGAUUCUACUGCCAGACCCCCUACUUGCUGGUUGGCUCUGCCUCCAGAGAGUGUCAGGCUGAUGGGAUGUGGAGUGGCCAACAACCAGCUUGUAUAGAUCCGGCGUUGAACAGCUGUCGGGACCCAGGAACACCAGCCUAUGGGAUCCCAGUCCAGGCUCAGGGCCUUCAGGUUGGAAAUAAAAUUUCGUUUAAGUGCCGCAAGAACUACCACAUCCUUGGUUCCACCACAAGAACGUGUUUAGAAAAUCUCACCUGGAGUGGAACACAACCCGAAUGUAUUGCUCACUCAUGCCGUCAGCCCGAGACCCCCGGUAAUGUGGAUGUUCGCUCUAUGGACCUGCCGACAUUGGGAUAUACGCUAAUCUACACCUGUCAAGACGGGUUCUAUCUGGCCGGUGGAUCGGAACACAGAACAUGUAAAAGUGAUGGGAGAUGGUCAGGGAAACCACCACUGUGUAAAGUUGGAGUUAAAGUCAAUCCCAAAGGCAGAGGAGAGUCAGACAUCCAGAAGAACAAAAUUCGAGUUCCAGUGGAUGUUUUCUCCCUCAACUCAGAAUGGAGAGGUUUCUACGAGUAUCUGGGCAAGCGACAGGUCACCACAUUUACAGUGACUGGCUUUAAUGCGACCAGUGGAAGGGUUAACAUCACUUUACUGGAGACCAGCGGCGUGUCCAUCAGACUUUCUGGUACCUACAAGUCUGAGGAGAACCAGCUUCUUUUGAAGGUCUACCAGGUCAAAGGACCCACAGAGCAUUACUACAACAAGUUUAAGAAUGACAACUGGGCAAUGGAUGGAUAUGUGACUGCAGAAUCAGACCAGAAAACAUUUGUCUACCAGGGGCAUAUUCACAGUAAAGACUUUGGCAAGUUCCAUCUGAUGAGGCAAGGCCCUGUAACCACAGUCAUAGACCCAUCCAACCCGUACACUAACAGCAGCUCUGUGGCAGCAGCCAUCUUGGUUCCUUUCUUCGCCCUCAUCCUGUCUGGAUUCGCCUUCUACCUCUACAAGCACAGGACAUUGUCUGCUGACACAGAUGACAAUGAAAGACCCAAAGAUACCUGGGGGCCAGGCGGCAGAACCCGUCCCAAGGUCCAGUUCAAUGGCUAUGUGGGCCAUGAAAGCACCAAUGGUCAAGCAUCAUUCGAAAACCCCAUGUAUGACACGAACAUGAAGCCCACCGAGGCUAAAGCCGUUCGAUUUGACACCACACUCAAUACAGUAUGCACUGUGGUAUAGUCCAUCAUAUCCACCACUAGCUAAAAACAGCAGUCCACCCUGGCUGUCUGCGGUGUGGUUUAAUCCAACAGGACAAACAAACAAACAAUGAAUGGCACCGGCGCAGUCUGUGUGGUGGCGUGCUGUCAGCAUACACUCCAGUCAUGUGCCUCUGCUUCCUCCCAACAUGAGGAUCCACCGCCUCUCCCUCUAGUCUGACAGGUGAUAAUGGGAGCAGACAGUGAUGUCAUUGAAAAAUGUGUUCAUUUGUCAGGGGGGUUAGACAUGAAGGGAAAACAGGCAAGUCCAGAGAUUCUUAACUUCCAACUUAGAAAGGUGAAAACCUCUCCAUUGGCCUUUGGAGACCUUUCCUCCAACGGGAAUUUACCCCAAUCCAACUCUAUAUCCCUAUGCCAAAUAAAUGUGCACAGUGGUAAAAGGCUUACUGGCUCCCCCACUGGGCACCAGAAUGGGUUAGACAGGACUAAGUUGAAUUUAAUGGCAACUUAGAUGGCCUUUUUUUUGCUGCAAGGUGCACAAACUCACUGGCAUCUAAAUCGACUAAACAAAGUGACCACUUGUAUCAGACUUGAAAUCAAGUACAGAACGUAAAUGGUACUUGGAGUGGUUGUUUAAAGGUUUGAAAACCUUUUUAGCCUGCUUAGACUAUUGGAAGGUUCCCAUUCAUUAAGACAGGACAAUCAAAAAAGUUGUCUAUCUUUCACUAUUGACUACAGUAUAUGCCUUAUUGUAUUAUUACAAUAUCUGGCACCCAAUUAGGCUAAACCAUCAGAAACGUGACAAUUCUCUCUACAUAGCUUAUGAUGUGAGGUCUCCAGUGCAUUCAAAUUGCUCAAUCAUAAGGUGCACAGGUAGUCCACCUUGUGCUCGUGGUCAUGUGGGAUGGUCUCCACCCAUUUCCAUGAUCCUUAACAUGUGAAGCAGUCCUCCUAUAGCUCAUAUGAAUUGCCAAUUAGAUGCCAUAAAACAGUCCCAAGACAACAACUAGACAGUGCGGAAGCAGAAAUCCACACACUUUCAAACAGUCCGUACUUGGACUCGCCAGGAUUCCCUGUUUGUUGGCUGAACAAGAGGAGACCUGGAGGCAUUAAACUGUCAGGACGGCCGACCCAGGAUGGAAACAUCUUCAUGUCUCUAGUGGAGGAGGAGGAUAUGAUCCAGAGCCAGGUGAUAUUUGUAUCAUUCAGCCACAAAAUCAAAAGCAGAUCAAGACUCUCAUAGAUGGUUUGAGUGACUGACAUGAGACAAACGGACGGAGGAUCUUCUCUGUUUGUGGACUGGGAUAGAGACAAGGUGGGGUUGCUAUGGAAACAGAGGCAGAUUGUCUCUUCUGGCACUUUUCUUCAGUGAAGAUAUCGAUGAACUUAUGUUCAAAACCCAGUGGCCCAAUGGGACUUCCCAAUCCGCUGCUGCUGGGACCGCCCAAGUAUAAACUUUAUACAGACUCUUAAACCGCACAAAUUUUGCACUAGUGUGUUUUUCUGACUGGAUUAUGAACAAAAAAAUAAUUUUGGGGUAAGAAAUGGUUUUGGAAAAUGAGUCCUUCAAAUUUUAUUCAAAGCUUCUAUCUUUAAAAAAAAGAUGACUAAAUGAUGGGUAAUUACAGGGUUACAGAGUGUUUGUAUAUAUACAUUUAUAUUUCACGCCCCCGCCCUCGCUGAAGGUGUGAGCAUCUGCUACAGCCCUGUAUAUUUUAUCGCCGUAGACAACAGUCUACCCCACCAAGAAAAUUGUGGUGAGUUUACCUGUGGACCUCCGGCCUUCUUGUGUGUCAUAUUGGCACCAUUGUUGUGUUGAUGAUCUGGAGGCUCAUAUUGACCUGCUACUAAAGGUCAACGAAAUAGCAGACAGUGUGAUGCUUCACAUAUCAUAUAUCUCAGAGUGAACUCAUUGAUUCCACACAGUAGUAGCAAAAGUGUUCAGAAGCAACAAAGUCUUUAAAAAGAUGUGUUGUUAAUGUCCCUGACUACGCUCAUGUAUUUCACGCCUUUUAAUGCACUUUUUCACCCCAACACACCUUUUUAAAGAGCACAGCCUUUCAUCACUUAAAAAGUACAAUUUAUCUGAGCAAAUUACCUCUUUAUUGUGUUUUGCACCUUCCCAAUCAAUACAAGGCUAGGUAACGUAAAAAAGCUUGAGGUUUUGAUUUUCUAAGUACACUUUCCUCACUUCCAGGUUAAAGUACCAAUUAAAAGAGUGAUGUCAUGAAUAUUACAGGAUAAUCUGAAAGGUGACCAAAUGGGAUCACUACAUAUUUAUGCUACAGAAACUUGACUAUUGCUGCCUGAAGUAAAAUAGACAGUGGAACCUGUAAUGUCCAGCAAUUUAUGACCGGUAUUUUUUUUGUAUGGAAGGAUCUCAAUAUUACUUUUAUUAUUAUUAUAAUAUUGUGUUUUAAAAUUUUGAAUCAACAUAAUCAAUUUUGAGCAACACACUGUCAGCUGCAGCAUCCGAUGGUGAUGUCCCUUUCUGGCGCCUUCUUCUCCAGCAGAUAUCUGCAGCUGUAUGUCGGAAGGAUGGCACGUUAAGUCCCCACUCAAUGUCCCUUCCCUCCUGCAUGGUGCAUUCACGGGCACCAGGUCAUUACGCUAAAAAUUGUUUGCCUAGGCCAAGACACGUAACCCACUAGAAAUUGUUAACAUUAUUAGAGCACUCUCAACAUUAAAUAACACCCCUACAGCCACUUUGCAUUCAUUAGUUGAUAUAAUAAGAAAAUACUGCAUAUAACACAUAAAAUAAGGCAGGAAUCACACGUGUUAGUACUGGGAGAGUUUCUUGUUUUUAUUUUUCACUACAGAGGUCUGUACAGUACUUCAUGCAGUGGCUAUUGUCUAAUCAGUGUAACAUUACUGACAGCGAAAGACCAAGGUAGAAUGCUACAUAUGUCUAAAUGCCUUACAUAUGAAUUUUUUUUAAUUUUUCUAUUUCUAUGCAUGAAAAUGCUUCAUUUAGGCAAAAAUAUAUGUACACAGAUCCUUAAAUAACCAAUUUUUUGGAGUAAUUCAAUAUUAUGGCUAACAUAUUUGAAUAACAGUAAAGUGGCGGGGUAUUACUUUUUGACACUUUUUGUGGAUUUUCAAGCCAGAAACUACCCAAAAUUCACUUCAAAUUUUGGCUGGAAAAUGAAUUAUUUUGGGCUGAACUAUCCGUAUAAAAGUACAGGGAAAUGCAAGUCGUGUGCUGGCAUCUUGUGUUUUUAGAGGCAUAUUUUCCUCCCAAAUCUUGACUUUAUAGGUUCCACUGUAUAUCGCAUCUUCAGUUCUACAAUAGAAACGAUUGGCUGGCGCUAGUUUCCAAUUACUACACAAAUGUCGCUCAUCAGACAAAAAGACAACAUGCACAAUAUCGUGUGUUCCAAGUUUUGACGUGUGAUGCUGGAAGCUCACUGCAGCAAAAUAUGCAAGCUUCAGCUGAUUUUUUUUGGCAUUAUCAGUCAAAACUUCCACACAAUACUUUGCAGCAUGCAACAACAUGUGUCUGAAAAGGCGCUGCAUUGGGUUUUGAUGCCAGAUGAAACUGCUGUCAGUGUGUGCAUUCCAGUGUCUGCAGGCUUGUUUCACAAUGCGCAUACAACAUUCUCACAUUAGGUUUACGCCUCAGGCAUUUUUUGUUUGUAACCUGCAUGACUUUGUCCGCAUUAAUUUUACACUGUGGUUUGUUGCCGUAUAAAUAAUUCACCUUCAAUAUGUCCGUCAUGAACUUGCAAACAAUACAUGAGAAAUCCAGUUCACACAAAUAAGUAUUCCAUUUGCUGGAGACUCAUCUUAAAAAGUAAGAAAAACAUGAAGUGGUUUUUCAUUUAUCCUGGAAAAUGAGAAGAAAUCGUACAUUGAAAUGUCCCUAACAAAUGACACAGUGACAAUGACAAUAUAGAGUAGCUUUUAAAGACAAGCAAAAUAGCUGUUUGUUACUCUUUGUAUGCUGGUGUGCACCCAUUGAAUUGAUCUAAUUAUAUCAUUUGAGAUUUCCCAUUGAGCCAAGAGGGCAUAAUAUAACCUGGAAAUAAGAGGCUGCAAGGGUUCCACAAUAAAAGGUCUAAUUUGAACUGCUAAUGGCAUGCUGCUGAUCUCCAAGUGUGCCCAACACAAAAAAUGUAGACUCUUUUUAUUAUAGUCCUCUUUAUCCUGCCAUGUAAUGAUUCAACUUGCACUGUGAGAGGUUACGUUUGGGUGGGAAUUGAGCUAAAUGCACAGUGAGCGUGUGUGCACGUCCUCAAAGGUUACUGGUGCCAUAAUAGGGUCUCCAGCCUGCAGCCAAAAUCAGAAAUUAUUACCGGGAUCUCUGUGAGAUAGCGGCCAUGCAGAAUGAGCAAACAACAUGGAAUGAAAUGAAAGAGUUCUGUUUUAUCUUUCACUAACCAGCUGUGGGCUGGUACUAACUUGACAAAUGGAUCGUUACAGUCGUCCCUCGUUUUAACGCAGUUCAUUGGUUCCAGCCCCACCGUGAUAGGUGAAUUUCCGAAUGGUAGUAUUCUAUAUUAAUAAUUAAAUAUAUUUGUUUUUAAUGACCUGUUUAUGUCUAGAGCCCUCUAGACAUUAAACAACACCCCUAUAGUAAUCUUUGUACUCAUAUUACCUAAUAUAGUAGACAUGAUAAGCAAUAAUAAGACAUAAUAACUCACCGUUAGCAUUGGGAACGUGCCUUGUUCUAGUAUCUUGAACGUAAUGUGGGUCAAUCGCAUGGAAUUAAAAAACAGAUCAACAUCCUCACAAUGAUAUUUGUCAUUUGAUUGAUGUACACAAAAGUGAAUCUAACAUCAAUCUGCCAUACGUAGACACACACUCAAACAGUACGACUAGCUGUGUUGUGCACUGGCUGAAUAGCAAUCUACGAAGCUAACUAGUUAGCCUCCAGUUUAUUUUUAUUUUUUUCAAAUUAAGUAGUGGUUUGAAACUGAGUGGGGAAGAAGGACAAAGUAAGAAGUCAAAAAAGUACCACUUCCACACGGAAUGGGAGAAUAACACUUUUUCACUAUGUCAUGUUGGACUUGCAAGUUAAGCUAAUUCAGUGCUUCUCAAUCAUUUCCAUUCAUGCCCUCUCCCCAAGGAAUUUUUUCAUUGGAACAGUCAACCACAUAACCGCAAUCAUUGAUUAAUUUUUGAAAAACACAGCGGGAGCAAUAAUCAAACUGCGAUGCAGCGAGGGACGACAGUAUUAGACUUUCUUCAUCAUACGGUAUACUGUAAUCAAAAGGGGAAUCCUGGAUAGAGAAAAUAGUGCAGUUGUGUAACAUGGCCUUACCAAAUGAUCAUACAACUUACUAAGUGCCCUUCUUUCCCAGGACCCUCCUGUUUAAUACACAGCACAGCUUCUGGUCUGCUUGGAAACACAUCAGUGUAACAUCCUGUAGGUGGUAAAAUCAAGCCUUCAAAAUAAAAGAAGCAUGCCAGUAAAAUAACAUAAUUGCACCACAGUAGGAAUUCUGGUGAAAAAUCAGCAUUUCCAGAAAUGCUCUCUUAUCUUCAAAUGGUAUGGGCAGACACUCCAAACUUUUCCUGUGUGCUUCAUUUCUGCGUUUUGUUUGGGACAUACACUAUUCCUACACUAUUCCUUGUUUGUGUGAAGUAGAUUUACUACUGUAUUGUUUCAACAAACCCCCAGAAUAUGUAUUUUUUAAAAGCCGGGGAGGUCCUUCAGGAGGCGCAGUGUUCACCAUCACCAUCGUCACCAUCCUUUCUGUCGCCAUUGUGAUGUGCUGCUCAACUUGAAAUUGCAACAGAAGAGACAUUUUUGUACAGAAAUCUAUUUUUUAUGGAGAGUUUGUUUUAAAAAAAAUAAUAAUAAUAAAUAAAUAAAUAUGCUGUACUUUUUAUGAUCACUGAUGUAGGCUGGCCAACACCUUGUUUACGGAAAGACAUGAAAUGUUUUUAGAGCUGUUAUAACUUAUGUCAAAUGAUCAGAGAGAAGAUGUCAUAGUAGAAUGGGUGAUGUUUCACAGGAACACUGGAAAUGUUUCCUCCAUUUUUAAUUUCAAUAAUGAUAGCAUUAAUACUACAGUGAUGGUGGUAACAGUGGGGUCAUUAUACUGCAGCUCUGCACUAUUGUGCAAAAGUCUUAGGCGGCCAUUAGAUACAGAUACAGUAUAGUAUAGUAUAUUGUUUUAGUAAUGCGAGAAUAACCAUUAAUUCGGUAAGUGGAAGAGAGCAGACCUCCACCAAGGCGGCGUUGUUAGUAUUGUCAUAUUAGUAGCUAUUAGUGUUUGACACCACGUUACACCUAAAACAGUUUCUAAGUGGGAAAUGAUGUUAUAAGGUGCAUUUAGAACACACAAAGUGGUAAAGUGAAAAAAAAUGUAACUUUCAUUUUCAUAAUUAUCAUGUUUUGCAUAUAUUAAUUCAUAAAUUAUAUUGUUUCCUGACAAAAUACAGCCUAUUAUUAAUUUUAAAAUAUGCAUAUUGAAACAAAUCUUAUAGAUUUUUACCUAAAUCAAAAAUUUUCAAGCAUAAAAAUAUUACAUUAACUAAAAUACACAUAUAAUGCAUUUGGAAGAUGCAUCCAAAAACCUUAUGCUAUACAGUAUUCUACACUGGACACUAAAUGUCAGUAAUGUUACUAUAAUAUUCGAUGGGACACACAAGCAUCAGACUUGAUAACUGCAGCAACAAGCUUUUAAUGCGGUUUGGAAAACAAGCACAAUAAUGACAAUCAUCCAAAAAUAAAUAAUUAGAAUUAGAACAUGGGCUACUGUUGCAGCCAUAAUCAACUCCUUGUUAAAAGUCAACUCUGAACGCCCCUGACAUUCACUUAUCACGGUCAGGAUUUAGAACCAAUUAACAGUGAUAAAUGAGGGACUACUGAACAUCCCAUUUAAUCUCAUGGUACUGUCUAAACACAAAGCAAGAGGUGACCAAAGACUUUUGCACAAUAUAUAUAUAUAUAUAUAUAUAUAUAUAUAUAUAUAUAUAUUUUAAGCUAGUUUUCCACAGUGUUCCUGUGAAAGAUCAACUAAUAGUAACACAUCUACAACUGCAUUAGAGACAAGUGUUCUCCUGAGAGCUUUUUCAUGACCUUUUUGGCCCCAAAGCGAUGCCCCGUGUCCGUAUAAAUGAGCUAAGAUGUGGUUCCUCCCAGGGGAAUAGGGACACAUACUGUACGGAGGCUCCAGUUCCAUUGGAUUCUAUUGCAAUGUUUGCGACCCAUUAUUUUGUAUGACCCAGAGAGAGACAUAAAUAACGCAAGCAUACAGUAUGUGAAUGCAGCCUCAUAACCUGUUGUCAAAGAGACUCACACUUUAACAGCUACAGUAUUUUGAAGAUUUGAGAA